AAAUGCAGACGCAGAAACGCGCAUUCUCUCCCGCGAUCUCAUCUUCGGUACGAGCGUGACAUGAAUCAAGUUAGCUUUGGGAAACUCCUGAAGAUCGAUGACGUAGCUCAAUCCUAGCCGCUUAGCGCCAGUCUUACCGAUUAUAUUACAAAGAGCGGUACAUACUCCUGGUAUUCUUGAACAUUUGACGAUAAAUGAUUAAAUGGAUAAUAUGUUUUCCUCGGACAAUAUUUAUUUAAGAUGUUAUUUUUUUGUUAUUUUUUUUGCUACGACGUACGCAGCUCCAGGAGGUUUAGGAUCGUUUGCCGGUAGUAAUUCCGCUGCAUUCAGUAGUGCUUCAGCUAAUGCAUAUGCAGGCUCUGUUGCAAGUGCAAUCAGUUCUGCAAAUGCUUUCACUGGUGGUACUUUCCCUUCAAAAAAUCCUGAUGGAACAUAUGGAUUAACUCAUCAGCAAGGCAUUUCUGCUGGCUCUGGAAGUUAUGUAGGACUUGGAAGUAUUAAUCCAGAUUCUAAUAAGUUUGGAUCACCACAUCAAGCCUUUGGUACUAAAGGAAGUUACAAUGAUAACAAGUCUCAAACAGUAUGUUCUGGAUGUCCAAAUGUAAAAGAAAAAUGGGAAUUAGAUAAUUAUGAUGAUCAAUCUGAAGAAGAACCACAAGAAGAAGAGGAAGAAGAUGAUUGUGACGAUGGUCAAUACAGACCUGAACAUCAUUAUCACCAUCAUAAAAGUAAAGUAGAUAAGAAACAAGAACAACAAACUGUGUCAAGCGUACAUAAAAUAGGAAACAACGAUCAAUAUAAUUAUAAUCAAACUAAUGAUAAAGAUGGAUAUAGUGAUAAUAAAGGACCAGAGAAUAUUCAUGAUGGAAGAUAUAAUAACUAUGGUAAUUCUGGACAUGUUGGAGCAAACAAUCAAAAUUUAAAUAAUAAUUAUAAUGCUUAUCAACAUGACACUGGUGCUUUGAAAGAUUCUUUGCAUCCUUCUUCAAGCUGGACUGAUAUAAAUAAAAAGAAAGAAAAUGAAAACAAAAAUUCAGGCAAUUCUGGAGUUGUAACACCUACUUCGACUAUCGGAAAGAAUUAUGGAAAUACAAAUAUAGGUGCAAGUGGUGGUAUAACGCCAAGCCAAAUAAAUUUAGGCUUGACAAGAGACACCAAUGCAGAUUGUUCUAAUACUAAAUCUGGAUCCAGAGCAAACUGUGUAGAAAGUAUAGCUGAUUCUAAUUCAAAUCAAGCACCUGUUAAAUUAAGCCAAUCAAAUAUUAAAAAAACCAUUAAUGCAAUAAGUUCAGAAGGAAACAGAGCUACUACGGAAUGCAACAAUUUACAUGGAAAUUGUGAUAGUAGUAAAACAGGUGAAACAGCACAAUACCAAUCUACAUCUGUAGAUAGUACAAAUAAUUUGCAGAAUGGAUACACUGACAGUACUGAAAAAAAAAAUAAACCACAUUCAUAUGAUCAAGAAAAAACAGGACAAUGGAGAGAUCAACCUAAUAAAGGUAAUUUGCCAAGUGGACCUUCUCCUGCUUGUUCAAAUGAAGCAUCAACUCUGCAAAAGAACACACCAAUCCCUACUCAAACAUAUGGAACUGUUGGUAGUGGACCUAGUAAUGUAGGUGUAGGAAAUAAACCUCAUUCGUAUGAUCAACAAAAUACAGGAGAAUGGAGAGAUCAACCUAAUAAAGGUAAUUUGCCAAGUGGACCUGCUGGUAAUGUGGGUGCAGGAUCUGGUUGUAAACCCGGAGGCUCUUCUAUCUGUACAAGUGAAAUACCAUCUGUGCAAAAAAAUAUUCCAACUUCUUCUUAUACAUUUGGAACUGUUGCUACUGGACCUUACCAAAAUAAUAAAGAUACUAAACAAUCAGGAAAUUGUGGUGCGUUUAGUAGUAGCACAUGCGUAGGUAGCACUGGAGUUCCUAUAGGAAAUUCUCAAAAAAUAGAUGGUGAUAUUGGAAGUGGACACAAUGUUCAUGGACAAACUAACUCUGGAAAUAAAAAUUCAUAUAAAUUGAAUGCUGGAAAUCCUUUCUUACAUGGUGGACAAGACAAUCCGAAACCAUUUAUACAUACAACUAGUUCACCUAUAUUUAUUACAAACAAUGUUGAUUCAAUAGGCACAACUUCCAAACCUAUUGGUUUUGGAAAUCCUUUUUUAGAUGGCACCAUAAGUAAUACAUUCGGAACCGAACAUGAUAAACAUAAUAUAGGAAUGAAUCCUAUUAAAAGUGAUCCUUUUAAUAAGCCUAUUGGUACAGGCAAUCCAUUUUUAACAAAUAGCGGAAAUGGAGGGAGUAAAAGCAGUACUCCAAUUUAUUCUGGUGCAAGUAUAGGAAGCAUUUCAAGUCCCAGCAUUCAACAAGUUUCAACAACUGUCCUACCUAUUGGACAAAAUAAUCCAUUUUUGGAAGUAUCAGGUGGAAAUGUAGUAAACAAAUAUCCUCCUGGUGUGUAUCCAAGUGUAACUGAAAACAAUAAGAAUGUAUUCUCUGGAAGUGGAACUUCUGCAAAUAAAGAAUUUCCUAAAUCAGGAGUAGGAAUUACAUCUUCUGGAAGUAAUCCAAAUACAAAUCGUGGAGUAAAAGGUGGUAAUCAGCAUAACAAAAUAUUUGAAAAUGUUGCAACUAGUAACGCAGGUGCUUUGAGUACUGGAAACGUUGAUACUGACAAAAGUACUGGACUCAAUAUUCCUAAUGCGUAUAAUAAUAAUAAUAAUGUUGGUCAUGGUGCCAGUUCGUUGCCAGGAACAGCUAAUAUUAACAAACCUUCUUAUACACUUUCAACAUCUCCUGAAUCUUAUGGUCAUAAAGAUAUGUUACCACGAACAAGUGGAAGUGAUGGCGCCACCAAUGGCAAUGGAAAUUCACCGUCCAAUUCUUUGAUUAAUGGUCAUAAUACAAAUGGUCAAUUUAAUCCUCAAAUAACAAAUGCCGGAGCACAAUCAUUUGCAGGUGCUCAUGCCGGAAGUUUCGCUAGUUCUUUUAGUAGUUCUCAAGCUUCAAGUUCAAGCUCGAGUUUUGCCAGCAGUAAAUCUGGAUCAUAUACAGCCAAUGGAGAUCCGAAUAUUUUGCAUCAAUUAAAUAGGAAUUGGCCGUUUGACAUUGCUACAAGCGUGAGUGGAGCCAGUUCUUGGCCAUCUUUAAAUGCAGGAUCGCACGCCUCUGCAUUUGCUAGUAGUAGCGCUGGCAGUUGGUCCGGAUCUGAACCGAUUGGUGUAAAAAGUUGAUAAAUUAAAUACAAAAGCGUGAUUCAAAUAUGGAAGAAAAAAAGAAGCAAACUUUUAAAAAGGGACCCAUUAUCGUAUAUAAUUCAAUAUAUUAUAAAUAUUAAGUUAUGAUUGAAAUGAACAAGCAGCAAAGAUGUGUAAUGCUUGAAAACAUUUUUAAAUAUAUUUCUUUUAAUUAAAUAUAUUAUGUAUAUUUACAUAAUAUAUAAAA